AUGCCCGCUGCUUGGCCGACAUCCCUGGCACGCUAUGGCACCUCUUCUUUCCACAGGCUGUUGCGGCAGCAGGGGGUCAAACCCGACGUGGUGGACGUCACGCAGGCAGUGGCCGGCUGCGCCGGCCUCUACUGGCCUGUGGCCUUGUCCGCUCUCGGGGAGGUUGCCAUCCUCAGAUUGCAGACAGACGUGGUAUUUUUUGGUGCUCAGUUCUGUGCUUUGCGCAGCGCUUGGAUGAUGGCACAGGCGUUGCUUGUGGUAUUGGAGGGCUCCGGGAUGCUGGUCAACACCCUUGCUCUCAACGCGCUGCUGGCUGCUUUAGGCCAACGUGCCUGGCGUGCGGCGGCAAAGCUCGUGAUGGAGGAGCGGGUGCUUCGAAAUGUCAUCUCUUUCAGCACCCUCGUCACUGCGUGUGGCGAUGCAGAUGAGUGGCGGCGCGCCUUGCGCCUGUUUUCCCAGGUUCCCCAGAGCCGUUUGCAAUCGAACCUAGUCAUCUUCAACGCAGCUGCCGCUGCUGCUGCUUCUGGUGCGGACUGGAGAGGGGCGACGAUUCGCCUCAAAGAUCUUCAGAUGCCCGCCGACAUCAUCUCCUAUAAUGCGACGCUGAGCAGCUACGAAAAGAAGGAGUGGCCACGAGCUUUACAAUUCCUUGCGGCGCUGUGCUGCCACGGGCACCUCAAGACUAACGCCGUGAGCUACAAUGCCUGCAUCAACAUUUGUGAGAAGAGUGCCCGUUGGGAACAGGGGCUGUGGCUCUUCACGAGAUCGCCCCUGCCUCUUGACGUAGACCUUGCGGGCGCCAACGCCUUGGCCUCGGCCUGCGGCCGCGGCGGCUGCUGGCAGCUCACCAGGCUCCUCUUCGAGCGCUUGGCGGCGAAGCGCUGCCAGCCGGACCAAAUCAGCCGCCACGUGAACAUCUCUGCUUGCGAGCGCGGCGGGCAUUGGCAGCAGGCGCUGCGGCUUCAUGCGCGACAGCGUCAGGACAGCUUGCGUGCCAGCGCUGUGUCGUACAAUGCGACGAUCAGCGCCUGCGAGACGGCCGGAAGCUGGCGACAGGCGCUGGCACUCCUCGGCCAGAUGGAGGAGGCGGUUUUAGCCGAUGUCGUCACUUUCGGUGCUCUCGUGUCUUCCGUCGGUAGGGCAGCCCGGUGGCAGCAAACAGUGGACUGGCUGCAUGCCGCGCAGGUUCCAGGCCAUGAUGCAACAUUGAUCUUGGGUGCCGUCAUGUCCACGACGGCGCAGGCUUCACAGUGGCAGCAGACAAUGGCGCUUCUGGAAGAGGUCGGAACUGACCCGGACGUAGCAGCCGUGGAG